AUGAUCGGAUCACCAAACGACCGUGUCGACGACCAAGUUGUUCCACGGAGAGCAUAUGAACAAACAACACUCAACUACAUUCGAGUCUACAAACAUCGAGCUCACUACGACUUUGAAACGGUCCAUUCAAUUACCGACUCUACCCUCGUCUCGCAUGUAUCGUUCAUCAUCCACGAUGAAGAUGGCGAGGACACGCCCAUCACAAUGCCUCUUACGGCGGUGCUGGGGCGCUAUGAUGACGAUGGAGAUGGAUUCAGCAUAUCCCCAGACGCCAGUGAUGCUGAGUUGGAACAGCAUCAGAAGCAGGCGAUGCAGGAAGGGCCAAUGGAGGUGUAUCUCCAUGGCAAUGCCGCAUCCAUGCUAUACAAAGCGAUCAAGGAAAGUAAUCGCGGAGAGGUGAAGGUUUGUAUUUCCUCGACCAAGGUUGAUGGCCUUGUCCUCUUCCCCACACCAAACGGGCACAGUCUAAAUUACCGGUCGGCGACGCUCCACGGCAUCGCGGCACUGGUGCCUGACACCGACGUACGGAAAAAGCGUUAUGCCAUGCGCCUGCUCACCAACCACAUGUUCCGCUUCCGUUGGGAAAGCACGUACCCGGUAUCCCCCGCCGCGGUAGAUAAAGUCAAAGUCAUCCAAGUGAAAAUCCGUAGUGCAGGCGCUAAGAUUCGAACCGGAACUAUAGGCCCCUUUGACCCUCAUGUCGUGAGCGAAGAGGAUAGAGCGAGGAUCGAUGCAAAGGGAACUGGUGUUUGGUCUGGGGUCGUACCGGUUUUUGAGGUCCUAGGCCGACCUGUUCCUAGUGGUGUGUCAGGUGUUGGUGGUGAUGAGAGGGGCGUCAAGAGUAUAGAGGCAUGGAGGGAGCAGAGGAAUCAGAGGGAGAAGGGGUACGCGAAGAGAGUUGCUGGUGCAGAGAACUGA